AUGACCACUGAAACAAACUUCCGAGACACUGAUCUGGAAAAAGGCCCUACGCGGCCUAGCUUCGAAGAAGCAGUGGAUAUAACGUCACAUGAUCGCUCCCCUCCAUCUGUCACCAGGCUUGUACACUCAGUUUCUGUCGAUGGGGAGUAUGUACACCUAGGGGACUGUAUCUACCGUAAAUCAGAGCUAGCCAACGCCUUUGCCGGUGAACUGAACCCAGGAAUUCACCAAAAACGACCCUCAAAUCUGGCAAAUCCAGUACCACUGGGGUUGGCGUCCUUUUCCUAUUGUUGUUUGGUUCUGUCGCUUUUGAAUGCACAAGUGCGUGGCGUGACAAAUGCCAAAGUUAUCAUAAGCGCCAGUCUUUUUUUUGGGGGGUGCAUCGAACUUUUUGCCGGUCUGUUAUGCUAUCCAAUUGGCAAUACAUACGCUAUGACAGUUUUUGGAUCAUUUGGAGGGUUCUGGAUUAGCUACGGGUGUAUAUUGACAGACCAGUUUGGCAUCGUCUCCUCCUACGAGGAUGACCCUCAAAUGCUAGCCAAUGCUCUGGGAUUUUUCCUAACAGGUUGGACCGUCUUCACAUUUUUGAUGCUUAUGUGCACGCUAAAAAGUACAUGGGGUUUAUUUCUACUACUGUUUUUCCUCGAUCUGACCUUUCUGAUGCUAACAAUCGGUACUUUUAUCGGGAAUGAGAACGUGAGUAUAGCUGGUGGCUAUUUUGGCAUUUUAAGUAGUAUGUGUGGAUUCUACUCUCUAUACAGUGGUGUAGCUGAUCCCACCAACAGCUAUUUUCCGGUGAGGUCAUACUUCAUGCCCAACGCGCCUACUGUCUAG